GUCCCAGGUGGCUCGGUAAGCAGUAGUUGAGGCACCACAUACAGAGCAAGGCACAUUUGCAAAGUCUUUGGUUUUUGUAGAAUGACUUCCAUUCACUCUACCAAAUAAUGUUCCUGAACUGAAGAGGCUGGGAUUCAUUUCCACAACUGUGGAAUAAUGUUAACCAGUUAAAAAACCCAUUUUUGGUCUGGAGGAAUUUCACAAAGUAGGUCUGAAGGAAAUUUGUUUGACAUGGAAGCCCGAAAAUCCUCAAAAAAUUGCAAUAUUACAGAAUGUCCAGACCCAGGUUUGCCUCUCGAAUGGCCAGAUGAUUUUCCACUUCAUGGCAAUAAUGCUUCCAGUGCUACGAACCCAUUCUGGAAUGAACUGUCUGCGUCUAAUCCAUUUUUGGAUGACAUAACUCAGCUAAGAAAUAACCAGAAGAGAGAUAAUAUUUCCAUCUUGAAGGAAGAUCCUUUUCUUUUUUUCCGAGAAAUAAAAACUGGAAAUUCUUUUGAUUCCUCUGGUGAUGAACUUCACGUGCAUCAAUUGCUUAGGCAGUCUUCCUCAAGGAAAUCUGGAAGAUCUAAAAGUGUUUCAGAACUUCUGGACAUUUUAGAUGACACAGCACAUGCCCAUCAGGAUAUACAUAACUCUGACCAGAUCUUAGAACAAGACUUAGAAUGGCUUCAAAAUGAUCGAGAGGCUUAUAAAAUGGCUUGGUUAAGUCAACGACAACUGGCCCGCUCCUGCUUAGAUUUGAAUACAAUUAGUCAGAGUCCUGGAUGGUCCCAAACACAAAUUGCAGAGACUACAAUAGUUUGUAAAUUAAACCACCAAGGAGGGUCAGUACAAUUACCUGAAUCAGAUAUCACUGUUCAUGUGCCCCAAGGCCACGUAGCUGUGGGAGAAUUCCAAGAGGUAUCUCUAAGGGCUUUUCUAGAUCCUCCACAAAUGCUUAACCAUGAUCUUUCAUGCACUGUGAGCCCACUGUUGGAAAUCAUGUUAAGUAACCUUAACACAAUGGAAGCCAUUUUGCUAGAGAUGAAAAUCGGGGCUGAAGUGAAAAAGGAUCCUUUCAGCCAAGUCAUGACAGAAAUGGUGUGUUUACACAGCUUGGGUAAAGAAGGCCCUUUCAAAAUAUUAAACAACUGCUACAUUUAUAAAGACACCAUCCAGGUCAAGCUAGUAGACUUGAGUCAUGUGAUGUAUCUAGUGGUUGCUGCACAAACUAAAAGUACUCAGUCACCGGCUGCCACCAUUUGGAAUUAUAUCCACAAAAGCAUCUCAAUUGGAAUAUAUGGGCCCAAAUAUAUCCAUCCCAGUUUCACUGCUAUUUUCACAGUUUGUGGACAUAGUUAUUUGCCAGGAAAGCUUACAAUCUCUGAUAUUAAGAAGGAUAGAAAACACAACACAUCUCCAGUUGUGUUUCAGCUCUGGGGGAAGCACUCCUUCUUACUUGAAAAGCUACAAGAUUUAAGUAUUUCUGUCUUUUCAUGUGAUUGUGAUUUUGAAGUAAAGGCCGAAGGAAAACAAAAAGAAAUUAAACAAAAGCAGUUGCAAUCAGGUCAAGUAGUUCAUCAACAAUUUUUAUUCUCUUUAGUUGACUCCAGAGAAAUGCACUUAUUUGUUUUCCGUGUUCAGAUAGAGCCUCCCAAUGGUAGACCAGUUACACAGUUCUUUAUUACAACACCUGAUCCAGCCCCAAACCUAAAAAGGCUCUCAAAUCUGCCAGGUGAUUUUCAGGAGAAGGAAAUGAAAUCUGCUCCUUUAUUACCAACAGUGUAUGUUAAACAUCCUACAUUUCAAGACAAAAAAUUGAACUUUACCAACUUUGGGGUAACCCUGAAGACAGUGCUAAGACAAAGCAAAAUUGACUACUUACUUGAAUAUUUCAAAGGGGACACAGUAGCUCUUCUUGGGGAAGGUAAAAUAAAAGCCAUUGGACAGUCCAAAGUGAAAGAAUGGUAUGUGGGAGUCCUGAGAGGUAAGAUUGGACUUUUACAUUGCAAAAAUAUCAAGGUGAUUGCAAAGGAACAAGUAAUGUCUAUGUCAGAUAAUAUCUUCACAACCAGGAAUCUUCUUGAACAAAUUACCCUGCCUCUUAAAAAACUGACUUACAUCUACUCAGUGGUAUUGACCUUGGUGUCAGAAAAAGUUCAUGAUUGGAAAGUUUUAGCUGAUGUCCUGGGGUACUCACAUCUGGCACUGGAAGAUUUGGAUCGAAUACAAGCAGACAAAGAAUCAGAAAAAGUUUCUUGUGUUGUAAAGAAGUUAAAGGAAGAUUGUCAUACAGAUCGAAAUACCAGAAAGUUUCUUUAUGAACUUACUGUGGCUCUGCUGAAGAUUGAUUGCCAAGGGUUAGUAGCACAUCUCGUCCAAGAGGCUGCUAUUUUGACCUCAGCUGUCAAGCUUGGAAAAGGCUGGAGGGAGCUAGCUGAAAAGUUAGUACGACUCACAAAGCGACAGAUGGAGGCAUAUGAAAUUCCUCACCAAGGAAAAGCUGGAGAUAUUGCUGUAGAGAUGAUGUGGAAACCUGCCUAUGAUUUCCUCUAUUCUUGGAGUGCUCACUAUGGAAAUAGCUACAGAGAUGUGUUACAAGACCUUCAAUCAGCUUUGGACAGAAUGAAAAACCCUGUGACCAAACAAUGGCGAGACUUAACCGGAGCUUUAAUACUAGUAAAUUCUUUAGAGGUUUUGAGAGCAACUGCAUUCUCCACUUCUGAGGAAGUAUAGAAUUCAAGGGUAUGUUUUUUGAAAGAGGGAGUAGAGUAAGAAAGGAGUAUAAAGGGUGUGUGUCUGUCUGUCUGUCUGUGUGUGAAAGGGAAAGAAUCUCAGAAAAGUAUUACUUUUUUUUGCAUGUUUGAAAAAAUAUUUUUUCCUGGUGAAAGCACAGCCUAACACAAAAUCCAAGGGUUGGUUUUAUAAUCAAAUAUGUAUUUUUGCAUAUGUUACAAAUGCAAACAUUAAGUUGCUUUGUUAUUGAGAAAGGAAAGAAAAACCCUCUCUCCCUUUCAAAGUUAUUUUUAAUUUCUUUUAGUUAAAACAAGUGACCGCUAGCAUAAUUACAUCACACAGAUACCCAGAUAAUCUAGAGACUCUCUAGUGAAUGCUGGAAUUUUGCUAGCAGACAGGUAGGGAGAAACGAGAAGCAAACAAUACUCUGUGGUAAAGCACAGGGCUGCAGGCUUUCUAUACUGAUCUCUUUUAUUUCUCAGUGGUGUUUGCUAGCAUUAUUCCCAUUUUUGAUAUGAAGAAACUAAGGACUAGAGAGGACGCUCAGGGCUAUACAGCCAGUGUGAAGGGGGUUUUCUGUUUGCAAAACCUGGCUCUGGUUUUUUUAAGAACACAUAGCACAUAGGAAUAUAAUUUAAAAAAUUAAAAUGCAAAUUCAAACUCAUAGGGAAAUGGUAACAAUUUCAUUUUAAUUGAAGCUUACUGCUCUUUUCUACCAUCUCUUGAAAGACUGCCAGAAAGAAAAUGUGAUUUAUCAGAAAUCUGUCAUCUGCAUCCACUGACUGGAAUUUUUACCACCUUCCUCCAGCAUCUUGAGACCUAACUAUUCCUGCCUAACUUGGACUUUUUCUUCAGGAUCAUAGUGCAGAGUAGUUCUUUAACUCUCAAAGAUUUUUAAAAACAAGGAUUAUUUUUUAAAAACCUGAUUUAUCCCUGUUGACUGCAGCAGUCUUAAAUACCAAAACACUGAUAUCCAUGUGUGUGCGUGCUCAUAUUCAUGUAAACACAUGUAUGUGUAUGUGUGUGUAUGUGCAUACCAGAGUGUUUUAUAAAACUUUUGGAAGACAAAGAUUAUAUAGAUAUUUGGGCUACUAUAAAUGCUAACUGUUGGAGAGUUGAUUAAAAAGUGGUCUGUGCUUACGCCUAUGUUCAAUCCUCUGGCCCCAUGCCAAUGUUUCUGUGUUUUAGACAGUCAUUCAUUUAUUGUCAUUCAGUUCACAGAUGGAGUGUGUGUACCUACUCUGCAGCAGACACAUAGAUGUUUGAGGUUAAUAAUGGGGGAAUAUACAGCAUGAUCGCUGACUUCAGUACUGCUGAAGUGAUAGAGACGAUAAUAGAAAAUUAUACAGUUAAUUCUAAAAUGGCAUCUGCAAUACCAGCUGCAAUAGAAAGGCUGAGGUGCCAAGAGAUAUAGGUGUGGGGGGACAUCAUAUGGAUGAGGGAGUUCAGAUAAGUUUUCCCUGGCAAAAAAUGAUGAGCCUGAAGGAGGAUCAGACAUUGCUUCUGGUCUGGGGAGGGUGGAGGAGGCAGUUCCUCAGUGCACUGCAGCCCCCAGACAGGAGAACUCUGGAGAGGCAGGGAGCCAGGAUGAAGGGCUGGAAAGGGUGAAGGAGUGAAGGAAGGAAAGACAUAUGCUCAGAGGUAAUGUGGAUGAGCUGAAUAAGGAUUUUAUGUAGGGAUCCUGAAUAAAAUAUGUCCAUUUGGCUAAAAAGUAAGAGCAGAAUCUUUUUAGAGCUUUUAAUACACCCACCCUGGGGUAUUUGGUAUGCUGACAAAGGUGAUUUGAAUUAGGGUUUAAGAUCUUUAAGGCUUUUAAUAUUUAUAUUUGAUGAUAAGAGAAGACAGCCUGCCCAAAGAGUUAUGUACACACAUUUAAGGACAGAAUUUAUUUUAGUUGAAAAUGAAUUCAGGGAGAAGAAAAAAAAAACAAUUUGUAAGUUCAGAACACAGUCAUUUUUAGUGGUGAUUUUGCUUUCUUUAGAACAUUCUUGGAAUCUUAUUAGCAUGUCAGCAAACCAGAGAAUUUCGGGAAAGGGUAAUAAGGAAUUAAUAACUGGGUUUUUCCAGGCUCUAGGAUCUGAGACGGCAGAGAUCUUGUUAGCUGAUUAGGGCAGUAAGAUUAAAUAAAUCAUUUCAGGUUUAUCGCAUCAUGUGUUGUGAUUGUGGUUGGGAAGUUUCAGAAGAGUUUAAAAAAUGAACAGCAUGAUCUCUGUAAUUUAAGGAUGAAACAAUGAUCUAAAUAUUAAUAUACACAAAGAUAUUUUAUAAUCUUGUAAUAUCCUUUCAGAGGAAUUUUAAACCUAUGUUCAAACAUUCUGUUCUGUUAAAUAUAUUCUAACAUUUUUAUAAAUCAUUUCUACUUUUCUGAAUUUUAUAUUUUUCUUCCUAUAAUGGACUUUCAUGACCAGAAAAGAUUAGCUCAGUAAUCACGAAUUGCGUUUAACAUUUGGCAGCAAAUCAAAGGAAUUAAUAAGGCAUUUAAAUCCCAUCUUUGACAUCAUUAAAAGCCUCAAAAGCCAUUAAUAUAAAACUUCUUUAAGCAUUUCGAAACUGGAAAAAGCAUAGAUGGUUCUUUCAGUUCCUCAAGCUUUUCCCCUAAUGAUGCAGAAGGCUGAGAUUUUUGUUCAGUGCUCAGCUUACAACGUAGUAAUUUUUACGUGUAAGCCACAGAUCCUCUACUUCCUUGUGUUAAAGCCUUAAUAUGAAAGCCAAUUAAUAAGGUGCAAGCAAUAGUGAGUCAUUAACUGUUCAUGCCAGUCAUGAAUACAGCCCACUUUCAUGUCCGUUAACGUAGAAAAUACCAUAUGAAGUUUUGAACUUAGGGAUGACUAGGUCUUUGGAAGGAUCAGAAUACAUUAAUGGAUGGUGUUGAUCUAAAAAGUGUUACUGCUACUAAAUAGCUUUGAAUAUGUUAUAUGAAAAUAUAAUAAAGAAAAUACAUUCAAAAUUGUACAAUGCUGUACAUAAUUGGAAGUUUCAAAACGAAUUUUCAUACUGUGCUAUUGUAAAUUAUAUUUUCUGUAAUGUUUUUAAUGUCUAAGGAAUAUUUGAAGCACUAUAAAGGAAAAGGAGGACAAUAAAAAGUAUGUCUGAAGGCUUUUCUAAUUAAAAUAGAUUUUUUUUCUUUUUACAUAUACAUAUUUCUUCUCCCCUCUUCUGUAUGAAGUUUCCUUCAUGUGCUAUUGUAUAAUUUAGUGAGUUCCAAAGUUCUAAAG